AAUGUGCAGUCGUGGAGAAAUGUUGAACAUCCGCAAAUCAGUACGUGAAUUCAUCAAAUGAGAAUUGCACACUUGUAGAAUAUUUUCUCAGAAAUGUCUUGUAUAUUUUUCUAACACAAACACAAAGUACAUAACUACAGCUUCUUGAAUCUGCUGCGAUGAAGCUCAAACACUGUUUUUUCGCUUUCAAGCGACAAGUUUCGCGCUCUCCCUUUUGCACCGAGAUAUUUGGUUCAAAAGUGAUUUGUGCAUCUGUAGAGGUAGUGGGCGGGACUGUUUAGAGAUUACAGAAUUUCAGCCAAUCAGAAGAGCUACUGAGCCAGUAGAUAUACGCCCCAAGCAGUUUUACGCCCCUGUUGUUCCUCAUGCGUCCAGUAGGGGAAGGCAGUAUAUUAGUAUAUGAGCCCAGUCAUUUAUAAGAACAGCAGACCAUAUCUAUAUGUAUGAUAGCAGCAGACCUUCUUGAAGCGAUACGGAUGAGGUAUGUUAAAUAAUCUGCUAAAGUACUUGUUGUUGAUUGUAUUGUGUAAUGAUGCAACAUUUAUUAUUUAUAAAAGAUUGAUCAAUUAAAUAAGAAAGAAUAGCGAUAUCAAUUCAAAAGAUGGAUCAGUUUAUUUCGAGAGGCAAAAGUACUUGAUUGAGUCAGAUGUUCUGUCUGACUCAAACUUAACUAACCACAGUCUAUCAUCAAUGGACAAAAAAAAAAAAAAACAAUCAAAGUGACUUGACACUUUUUCCAAGUGUUCCAUCAAUAUUGUUCAUUGAAGAUCAGGAGCGAAUUGAUGUUAUCUACACUCAGAUGACUUCAAUUUUGGAUGGCACACCUACACACACCCAGUGACCAGAUCCGAUUCAUUAUGGAUGUCCCUUUUCCAGAGUCCAUCAUCUGUGCUCUUGCUGUUGUGAAAGAUGUGUCCAUCUUGGAGGCUGAGGAGAAAUUCCUUCGAGGACCUGUCAUUGACGCAAGUGAGUGGGAUCACUUUGACCGCAGGAUAAAGAAACAAUUAAAGAAGAGUGGCAAACCAUUGGAGAGUCAUCUACAGGAGUCAUGCUGUUAAGAAAUAACCAAGUCAUGGUGUUAAUAAUUUUUUUUUGUGAACAACAA